CUACGCUGUCACCGUGGUUACCAUCGACAGGGGCUGCCAUAGCGACCCCAGCCCUGACGUUGAACUCAGAACAGGUUUUUGUCCCCCCACCAAUGUUUCAACGUCUCUGCAGUGUGAUGGCAACAUGGGCACUGUCUCCUGGGCGGCCGUUGCCAGGGCGGACAUGUACCUAGCAACUGCCACAGGUAACGACGGACACACCCACACCUGCAGCUCCAACUCCACUGACUGUUCCUUCACCGACCUGCUCUGCUCCGAGAUCUACGCUGUCACCGUGGUUACCAUCGACAGGGGCUGCCAUAGCGACCCCAGCCCUGACGUUGAACUCAGAACAGGUUUUUGUCCCCCCACCAAUGUUUCAACGUCUCUGCAGUGUGAUGGCAACAUGGGCACUGUCUCCUGGACGGCCGUUGCCAGAGCGGACAUGUACCUAGCAACUGCCACAGGUAACGACGGACACACCCACACCUGCAGCUCCAACUCCACUGACUGUUCCUUCACCGACCUGCACUGCUCCGAGACCUACGCUGUCACCGUGGUUACCAUCGACAGGGGCUGCCAUAGCGACCCCAGCCCUGACGUUGAAGUCAGAACAGGUUUUUGUCCCCCCACCAAUGUUUCAACGUCUCUGCAGUGUGAUGGCAACAUGGGCACUGUCUCCUGGACGGCCGUUGCCAGAGCGGACAUGUACCUAGCAACUGCCACAGGUAACGACGGACACACCCACACCUGCAGCUCCAACUCCACUGACUGUUCCUUCACCGACCUGCACUGCUCCGAGACCUACGCUGUCACCGUGGUUACCAUCGACAGGGGCUGCCAUAGCGACCCCAGCCCUGACGUUGAAGUCAGAACAGGUUUUUGUCCCCCCACCAAUGUUUCAACGUCUCUGCAGUGUGAUGGCAACAUGGGCACUGUCUCCUGGUCGGCCGUUGCCAGGGCGGACAUGUACCUAGCAACCGCCACAGGUGACGACGGACACACCCACACCUGCAGCUCCAACUCCACUGACUGUUCCUUCACCGACCUGCACUGCUCCGAGACCUACGCUGUCACCGUGGUUACCAUCGACAGGGGCUGCCAUAGCGACCCCAGCCCUGACGUUGAAGUCAGAACAGGUUUUUGUCCCCCCACCAAUGUUUCAACGUCUCUGCAGUGUGAUGGCAACAUGGGCACUGUCUCCUGGUCGGCCGUUGCCAGGGCGGACAUGUACCUAGCAACCGCCACAGGUGACAACGGACACACCCACACCUGCAGCUCCAACUCCACUGACUGUUCCUUCACCGACCUGCACUGCUCCGAGACCUACGCUGUCACCGUGGUUACCAUCGACAGGGGCUGCCAUAGCGACCCCAGCCCUGACGUUGAACUCAGAACAGGUUUUUGUCCCCCCACCAAUGUUUCAACGUCUCUGCAGUGUGAUGGCAACAUGGGCACUGUCUCCUGGUCGGCCGUUGCCAGGGCAGACAUGUACCUAGCAACCGCCACAGCUGACGACGGACACACCCACACCUGCAGCUCCAACUCCACUGACUGUUCCUUCACCGACCUGCACUGCUCCGAGACCUACGCUGUCAACGUGGUUACCAUCGACAGGGGCUGCCAUAGCGACCCCAGCCCUGACAUUGAACUCAGAACAGUGUGA